AUGAAGGGGAUAGAUAGGGUGUGGAUAUUAUCUUCAAACAUUACAUACAUUUUCUGUUCAUACGAUAAACCAAAGAGCAGAGGAGAAAACGGAAACAAAAUGCUGAGCCUCUCCGUUACUUCACCAUCUUCUUCAACACUUUCCUUUCUUCCCAAACCCUUACAAUUCAAAACCUCCUUCAAUGGCACUCGACUACUCCAACCUAGCACUUGCACAAUUCCAGCGACGAAACGCACCGCUUUGGUCCCAGUGAGGAUGGCAAAGAGAGAGGAGCAAUUGAAGGAAAUUAGAACUAAAACUAUUGAAGAAAUCAACGAAGAGGUUGUUACCCUUCAAGGCGAGUUAGUCAUGCUUACUCUCGAGAAAGCUGUUCGCAAUGAGUUUAAAUCCAGUGAUUUUCGGAAAAUGCGCAAGACGAUUGCUCGCUUGCUUACUGUAAAGCGGGAAAGAGAGAUUGAGGAGGGCAUCGGUAGGAGGUUGUCCAGAAAGCUAGAUAAAAAGUGGAAGAAAAGCAUUGUUGUAAAACCACCUCCAUCUUUAUUGAGGUAUCGGGAGGAGGAAGCAGCUGCAGAAGCCGCGGAAGCUGAGUAGGCUGCAUGAACAGAUUAAAUAUGCAAGUUAUAGAGUUAAUUGGUUAAAAGCGUUGUUAAUCUUUUGUUUUUAUGGUUUUGCUGGAGGUUGUCAUCUCAUUGUGUAGUGUAAUAGUAUCUUAUUUGCAGUAACCUACAUUUCUUCCUGCCCUAAUGUUUUAUGCUUGUAUUUUGUAAGAAAAGAGACAAGAUUAUGAAAAUCAUGGUUCACUGAUCGCAUCAUAUUCCUGCACUCAUUGAAACAAUUUAUAUGCAACAGAGUUCUAGACUUAAA